UACAAUUGAAAUGAUAAACCGCUGGUAUUCACAGUGCUGGUAAAUGAUCACAAACCAUAAAGACUCGUGUUAACGCGCAGCCUCUUUCUGUAUUUACAUUGUUACUGUGUGUGCGCCUGGUCGUAAGCUCUGCGAUUGGAGACAACACUGGUUAACAGGUCUGCGACCGAGGAGCGUCCAGUUCUUUUGCAUAACCACCUCCGGUGUUACUGGGUACUGUGUGUUCUCAGGGAGAUACUUGAGCCGCGCCGUGCUGAGAUUUAUAUCAAGGACUCUUCUCAGAGAAAUUGUUAUUGUCUUCUGGAUAAUAUUCACUGGGCUUUUCUGUGUAGUGGUGCAAGAAAGCGCCGUGUGUGUGUGUAUACGUGUGUGCGUGCUCAUCCUGUUCCACAAGACCAGUCUGGCUUAGGCUGCUCAUCUGGCAGCAGGUGGUGUGACAUGUGGACCAGGGAGUAAGUCACCCGCUCUUCCCCGUGAUUGGCAGUAAGCAGGUAGUUUAAGGUGCUCGCUCCGGACAUUAGAGGUGAGGAAAGUGACAAGAGACAGUCAGUGAUUCGGGAUGCUCGGCCAAUCUCCUCACCUUAUCGGAGGCAUCUUGUGGAUCCAGAAUCCAAUGAGAGCUGUUCACUGCAACCUGAGCCAGAAUGGCAUCGACCACCAGAUGUGCCCGGAGGAUAUGACAUCGCAGCUGGAGGAAGAGGAGGAGUCCGUGGACGCAGGGGCUGUGCUGCUGGACGACGACAGCCCGAGCUACCAUGAUGUCAGCCCCCCCAUGUACCAGCGCCGCUCCCCACCACACCGCUCUGUCUCUGAGUCUGAGCUUACACGGCCAGGGUAUGUAAAGCUGUCCAAGCCAGUGGCCCUGUGGACCCAGCAGGACGUGUGCAAAUGGCUGAAGAAACACUGUCCUAAUCAGCACCAGAUCUACAGCGACUCCUUCAAACAGCACGACAUCACAGGGCGGGCUCUGAUGAGACUGACAGACAGAAAGCUGGAAAGAAUGGGUAUCAUGCAGGAAGCCCAGAGGCAGCACAUCCUACAGCAGGUCCUGCAGCUUCGUGUCCGGGAGGAAGUCAGGACCCUUCAACUUCUUACACAAGCCUCUCUGGAGUGCACUCCAUCUUCGCCGUAGCCUGACGGAGCAGGAUAUCCAGUCACAAAAAAGACGCAGACGCCCACCGCCUUGCCAACAUCUUCUUGGACCAAUCGCAGCUCUCCGCCUCACACCUUUGGUCUCUGUCCUCAAACGAUCUGGAAAAAAAAAAAGAAAAUACCCAUGCCUUCUUUUCUUCCCAGCCACUCCUGAGAAGCUCCCACGAGUUCUGACUCGCUGUUUCCUCGCAGUCCAAACAAUUCCUCACAGCUUCCUGGAGUCUGACCAAUAGUUUCCAUUACAGGCGUCCCAUCUCCAGUCAUUUCUGACCUUUGCAGCCAAAUCUCCACCAGACCUCUCACGCUAUAACUCCUCCACUCCUCUCAUACGUCCCUUCACUCCCUUUCCUUCAAGAAAAACGCCAACAGAACAAGCCCCCAAUCCAACGUUUGCUUGGCUGGGUUUCCUGGAAGCAUUUAAACACAGUGGUACCAUUGCUUUGUGGUUGGACGAUAGUUUUAUGUGUGUGCAAUUUUGCUUUUAGGGAACUUACCCCGAAAACGAUACCCCCACUCUCACAGUAAAGAGUGACACCUACAGUAUAAUCCACAGUCUCUUGGUCUGUUUGUGGCAUGUUAGCUCCAUCGUAGCACUUUAAUGUGUAUUUUCUCCUGUGAGCGCUCUUGUGGUGCACUACUGAGCCUGGUUCUGCCCUGCCAAGGACUUUUUGGUAAUGGCAGUAAAAAUGGCUGUCCACAAGACUACUACACACCUCUCCUUCCCUUACUCUUCCUCCCUAUCCCCUCACAGACUAUACUACAACAACCGCAAGAGGGUGACACAUUUUACACAACCAUGUGUGUGUUUUUGUGCUAUUUCUCUCUCUCUCAUUCUUUGCAUAGAUCCUGUAAACGGUGUUUGACAAAGCCCGGUGAAGUAUCCAUAUCUCUUACCACCCUUUCCAUAUUGUGGAUCGCUCUCUUAGGGUAGACAGUAAGUCGGAGAGAACUUCACUAUGAAACAGUUAGUAGGGGAAUAAACACUGAACCUGGCAUCACAUUAUGCACGGUUAAGUUGGCUCUCCGAAAUAUACAGCGUUGUUGUGAAAAGCAAUCUGAAGGAGAUGAAGUAGAACCUGGAAGGAAAAAAAAGAAGAAGGGAUGAACAGCAAGAAGGAAAUUCCCUGAGUGUCCCUAAAAGCACUGUGCUAGAAGGUAAACUGAUUUGGCAACCCAAAAAGGGAUGGCUGAAAGAAAAAAAAAAGGAACAGGCAAAGAAAAAGGGCUCUGUGAACCAAGAGAUGCUAUGACUUGAAAUUCUUUACGGCUAAUGAGGAGAGAAAAAGAAGAAAAGACAUCACAGAUAACAAAAGAAGAGCCUUUUUCAUUUCCUCCCCUCCGUAUCUCCAAGUCUUUAUUGCUUUGUCUGCUUUCCAUCUCACUGCUUGAAACUAUUUUUAGAUGCGAUAUAUUGAAAAUUGUUUAGAAAGGAGACGUACUGUGCGCAAAAGCUCAUCAUGGAAAUGUUGUAUGUCAGUCUUUUAGGAAGAUGCACUGUAUCCUAUUUAUCUCUGAUGAGAAAACUCAAAUCUCUGCUAUCAAUGUGAAUAAUGGCCACUCACUGUUGAUAUUAUAGGUAUUUUAACUGCACUUAAAAGCACAUGUGUCUGUCAUGAAACAAAACAGCUGUAACUUAGAUCAUUGUCAUCGUCUCCACUGUGUCCAUGAGUGUAAAUACAUUAUAAAAUCCUGUAGCCAGUAUAAUGACCUCUAAAUAUCACCUGCUGAUUUCAGUGUAUUGGAGUGAUAUUCAUCAAAAGCUCGUAUCCACGCUGGUGUAGCAUGAGCUGUUGUCACGGUAACAACAUCUUUCCUUUCCUGGAUGGGAGCUGUCAAUCAGAGGAGAAUAAAAUAGCUGCUGUGGUCGGAAGAGAGGGAAUAAAAAAGGGGGUCAGCAUCAGCCCCUGAGAGCCAUUGCGUUGUAAUGGGAUUCCAUUUGUACACUGGUCCCUCUGUGUCCGGCCAUUCAUUGUUUGGAUAGCAGCUGUAGCCUAAUGUGGCAAAGACCUGCGAGCAGAUUGAAUAGUAUUGAUCAGUUCUUCAGGACAUACAGUCAGUCCUCCCGGAUUACAAAAGCCUCAAGGAUCGUGUGUGUGUGUGUGUGUGUGCGCGCACAUACGCGCGUGCGCGUGUUGACAGUCACAUAGGAAUGGAGUUGUUCGGGCUAAAACACAAGUGGCUAUUUCACGGUCGGGUGGAGAUGCCGUGUCCAUGUCUGUCAAGGCCACAGCAGGAGAGGGAGCGCCGAAGCGUCCGUUAAGUUUGAAAUUUCUCCAUUCCUCAAUUUCAGAUUGGAAAAUAUCAACAACUAAACUGGGAGAAAUGGUUUGAAGCGGUAAAAGGCUGUCGAGUGUGAGAUCAAGUUUAAUUCAUGCAACGACUUGGCAGGAGUUUUGGACUCUAUAACUAUUUUCAUCAAGUAUGAUAUUGUUCGAACAAACUAGUCAACAUAGCUGCUUAUUAGCAUUAAACAAAUAGUCAUCAGAAGUACAUUUAUUCACUUCCUUUCAAAGAGUUAAAUGAGAACCUUGAUACCAUUCUUAUAUCUGCCUAGAUUUGCAUCUAUAGCCAGCUGCCUGUUAGCGUAGUUUAGCAUGGCGUAAACACUGGUGUUGUUCAAAGGUAACAAAAUUCACCUACUAUCACCUCUAAUGCUGUUUGAUCCUUACAAAAGCGAGGUGUAAAAAUGACACACAAAUUAAAUAUAAUUUUUUAAUUGGUGAGCAUUAGAGGUGUUGGAAAGCUAUUUUUGUUUGUUGAUUGUCUGUUUUCCCCCAUUUCCGUUCUUUGCACUUUUAUGCUAGGCUAAACUAACUGGCAUAAGAGUGGUAUCAGUCUCUCAGCAAAAAAGAAAAGAGGAAUGUUUCCCAAAACGACAAAGUAUUUCUUUGAGUUAAAAUCUAGCUUUUGCUUGGAUAUGGUAAGAAGCAUUAAAAUUGGCACAAAAGACCCUGACAAAACCAAUAAGGUCCGUGCAUCUGCAGAAUCUGGUGGUAAAAGAACACAAGGCUUCCUGUGGUAUAUGAAGCACUUGCAUUGAAUUUCAUCAUAUUUUUGAUGGUAGCCCUGUAAAGAAAGUACCCAGUUGCAGUUCUCCACUUCAGUGUGGUUAUAAAGGAUUAUUGGAGGCACUUGAAUCAAAAUAUAUUCCUUUGUUCUCAAAGUGUCUUUGAAAUUAUUUUUUACAAAUCUAGUGCAGACAGUCUAAACUUUGGGUCAAGACCUAAAGUCGCUUGCAGGCUCUCCACUACGUAACAAAUGUAGCAGUGUGCUUUAGUUAUCCAUAUCCUAGGCUGCAGCACUGUAAUAACCCUGAGUGUAAAGAAAUAUUGAUUCUUUAUUGUUACUCUCCCGAGUGUAUGCUCCAUACUUGCAGGGAGGGAGGCAGGAAUAGAUUUUCCUCCAGAGACAUGAGGGAAACUUUCCACAGUGUUUUUGGCUCAGAUAUCCAGGUAUAACCAGCUUGAGAUCUGGCAACAGUUUGAGAUCUGGCAACUAUGCCAGGGUGUCCAAGGACUUGCCUGAACUGGCUCAGCCCAUAGUCUCCUAGUACCUGUAAGAGGUUUGGCACGUACUCACAGACAAUGAUACACAGUGCACUGUUACACAAGAGAAUGCCAGACUAAACCUCACACAACGUUAUUGCACAAGAACGUUUUCACAUGCUGGCACAUACGUAAAAUGCACACAAACCCAGACUUUGUGUGUAAAAUACACAUAUACAAGCACACACACACACACACACACAUGGUGACACUAUAUACACACUGAAGAAUAUAAAACACACACAUUUGUCUACAAAUUAGCAUUAAAAACAGCCACAGCCGCUCACGCAUUUGUCAUUAGUGUAACACAUAAACACGCAUAGAAGCAGACAUGUAAGCAACAGAAGGGGAACAACUUUAAGAUUUUUUUUCCCUCCCAUGAUGACAGCAUGUUUCAGUUUUGUUCUGAGUGUUUUUGUAACCAACAGGCAUGCAGACCAAGUCUCUACUCCCAAUCUAUCUACAUAUAAGGUGCCUAAUGAUGGAUAUUAAUGAUGAUAUUGAUAUCAUGAUGAGUAUAUAUAUAUAUAUAUAUAUAUAUAAAAUAAACAGAUUAAUCUUCAA